AGGGCAGACGGAGCAGGGGAAGGAGCAGGGAUGGAGGUCCCAGGCUUUUGGUGUGUGACGCUGCUGCUGCUGCUGCUGGAUCGCCGGUGCUCAGGGACUGCAAAUAUUUCCGCCUGGAACCCUUGUCACUAUCAAGUGAGGGGCAUCCAGGGACGGUCAGUCUUGCUCCCGAUAGCCUUGACCUCGCCCGAAAGGGCAGACAAAAUAGAAUGGAAGUUUCAGCCCCGAGCUGGCCUCGAUCUCGUGAUUGCCGAAUUCACCGGCGGGAAACUGCAGCGGCCCAAUCCGGGCGACAGGUUUGGGCGGCGGCUAGGAAUGGCGGGCGAGGCCACGCUGAGGAUUGCCGAGCUGGAGCUGGGAGACGGUGGCGUCUACGUGGCCCGGGUCAGGCUGGCUUCUGCCGUGGUUGAAGAGCACUCGUUCACUUUCCGGGUCCAUGAGUCAGUGCCAGAACCACGGAUCGUCCCCCGGCUCGUCUCCAGGACUGCAGAGGCGUGCAACGUGACCCUUCAGUGUCUGGGGUCCGAGAAGGGGGGCAUUAACGUCUCCUGGAAAAGCGGGGAUCAGCUCAGCUUCCUAGAAGGGAGCUCAGACUGGUACCAGCUGUCUGGCGGAAGCACGGAUCUCCGCGUGUCCUGGUGGCCCAACUCCUCGGACCCCACCUUCACCUGCCUGCUCAGCAACGCCUUUGACCAGAAGAGCGCCUCGUUGGACUUGGCCAGCAUCUGCUACAAUGGGAGAUGCAGCAGCGAGUGCCUCUCCUGGGUGCGGGUGACCAUGCUGGUUGGGGUCUUGGUGCAGAUCCUCAUUGUUGCUGCACUGAACGUGCUGGAAAGAAUCAGGCAGGAGCAGAACUGAACGGCGGCAGGAGCAGCAGCUGGGGCCAGCCAGACGCCAUCGGUGGACUCUGGGGCAAAGGAGGGCCUGCUGGAAAGCUCUUUCCACAGCAGCGGCCACCGGGCAUGUUUUGCAGAGCUGGGAGGUGGAUCCUCCAUGUCUGCCUUGGCCGAGUUCCCACCAUUUCGGACACCUCCUCACCCAAAGAUUUUGGAAAUGUUUGCACAGCUCUCCCCAAGAGCAGGUCCCCACUGAUGGGACCCACAGCCCAAGCUUGUGUUUUAGGUGGGCGGACCUUCAUCCAGGUUCACCUGUCCUUUGCUGAUCCACCAACGUCCCAUUGUAACGAACCAGUAAAGUCCAGUCAAAAGCAA